CAACAACCACCUUUCCUUUGGACCGUUGGCAGCGCGUCGUGUGUAGCACAGCCUGAAAAGCUACCAUUCGAAAGACCAAGCGAGGGGAACCAGGUUUGCGCCCACGACGCCGUGAUGCGUGGGACUGUACGGCUAGCCAGGCGCCAAAACAACACUCGCACCAUCCGAUGGCCGAUGCUCAGGGCAAAUAAGGUGAAGAAUGAUAAACAGAAUCCAGUAUAUACGGCGUCGGGGUCAGGAGAGCCUCAUGGCGAAGAUACAGCCCCCGUCUGGAGGACAGCUGCUUCCAAGAUGAUUGAGGGCUGCGCGACUGCCUUCGGUUCUAUCCUCAUCCUUGGAAUCGCAGGCUACUCUUACAAUGCCUACUACAAGUCUCACGUGUUGAGCAAGAUGGAGAACGCCUUUGCUCUAGGAUACUCCUCCGUUGAGAUAGCCGCGCUCAGCCGCCACGUCAAGUCAGACGGAUCCCACGCCGAGCUGUUCCAAGCAGAGACGUUUGAGGACAACGACUGGAUCCCUCGGGCCGAGCAGGAGGUCAUCGACAAGAUCGUCGAUGGGACCAUGCGCGGGCAGUACCACCUCAUCACAGGCGAAAAGGGCACGGGCAAGACAUCAAUGCUGCUCAAGGCCAUGGGCAAGAUCGGCGGCGAGGGGGUCGCCAUGUUCGAGGCGCACGGCGACCCCGAGAUUUUUCGGGUGCGGCUGGGCAAGGCGCUGGACUUUGAGUUCCACGAGGACUACGUCGGCAGCCUGUUCAGCUUCAAGGGCCCGCGCGACACGACGGCCCUGCUGGACAUCGAGCGCGCCUUCAACAAGAUGGAGAAGAUCGCGCUGCGGCGCAAGGAGAAGGUCGGCAAGCCGCUCGUCCUGAUAAUCACGGGUGCGCACCUGAUACGGGACGACGAGGAUGGCCAGGACCUGCUCGAGCUGAUCCAGCAGCGCGCCGAGCUCUGGGCGGCGAGCAACCUCGUGACUGUCGUGUUCAACAGCGACGACUACUGGACUACUGAACGGCUGAUGUGGCAGGCCACCCGGCUGCGCGUGACUCCCGUUCGCGACAUCCCCAAGGACAUCGCCAUCGAGUCCCUCAGGCAGUUCCGAAAGACUCGAGGGGAAGAUGUGCCAACAAGUACUUUGGAACACGUCUACGGUCUGGUCGGCGGCCGCCUCAGUUUUCUGACCCGCGCGGCAAAGUCACCGGACAUGAUCGGUACCUGCAACACGAUCUGCGAGAAGGAGAAGCGCUGGCUGUUGAACAAGUGUUGGAUCUUGGGAGCUGAUAUGGACCCCGGUGCUGAAAACGAGCAAGAUCUGUCUUCGGCUGCCAUGCUUCUGGCUAAGGCGUUGAUCGAGAAGGAGGAGGCCAUGCGAGCAGCCGGCACGUAUGAUGGGAGGCUGCCACAGAUCCCGCUGCACAAGGCCAGGGAGUUGAUCACCAAUGCAGAAUGGAUCAAGAUGCCACAUCACAACAACAUCUUCACUAUCGACCCCGACGGGAUGGUCCAGGCAGAUUCGCGACCAAUGUACUGGGCCAUGAAGGAGGUGUGUGGCAGCGAGGGUUUUGAUGAGCACCUUAAAGCGACUAUGGAUCGCUUGGAUGAGAUCGAGAGUCUCCAAAGGACGAGAGAAGUGACUCUCAAAGAUUUGGUGGGCAAUGAACAGUAUUACCGAGCUACGAUGGAAAAUAAUUCAGAUGGCGGAAAAGCUUGGACGGUCAAGCUCGUGCCCUCUCAAAAUGAAUGAUGGGCAUUUACUGGGUUUAUAUCGAAAGAUACAUUGCCUUGUCUUUCCAGGACACUUCUUCUUGUUUCGGUUUAUUAGAGAAACUGAAAGAAUAUAAAUACUAAACCAG